GUUUAGCGGAGAAGUUUGAGAAGAGCCUCGACUAACUAACUUUCGGCGCCUCGGAACCGCGGCUGCUCAGCCACCUGUAGCGUGAGGACUUGUCAGGAGCGUGUGUUGCCAGGUUUGGAGCCCUGUUUUAGGCGCUUUCAGGCAGAAAUGUGUCCUGACAUCGGAGGUCGCCUCAGCCUGCGGCGAGUCCUCGUGUGCCGCUUGUAACGAGAGAGAGGAGCGACGCGACCCUUUGAUGGACAGCGAAGGCUCGUCCCCGUGUUGAUCGCGAUUCCUGGCGCGUCCAGUCCAAACCACCUGGCGGUCUCGCAUGAGCCCGAGCCAGGCAGCGGCGAGGGCUCGGGGGCUUCAGGAUGAGGAUGCCCAGAGGAGGACGCCUGCUCCUGGCGACGUGCCUCUGCUCGCUCUUCCUUCUGGUGCUCUACUUCCAGACGAUCACGAAGGAAGAGCCUGAAACCAAGAAGAGCAGCAGCCCAGGGAAGAGCAGGAGAAGUCCACUGCAGAGCCUGUACAGAGGAGACCAGCAGCCGCCGGAGCUGCUGGCGGCUCACGGGCCCCUGAGGGGCCGGCGGGAGCUGCUGGAGCAGGCGUGUCUGAGCCACACCAGGAAGCGGCGGGUCCUCUCCGCGGACGACCUCAAACACCUCAUCGUGGACGACAAACACGGGCUCAUCUACUGCUACGUGCCCAAGGUGGCCUGCACUAACUGGAAGCGCGUCUUCAUGGUUCUGACCAGCGACGGCCGCUACACUGACCCGCUCGCCAUCCCGGCCAACGAAGCCCACGUGGCGGGAAACCUGCGCACGCUGUCCCAGUUCCCCGUGGCCGAGAUCAACCGGCGCCUUCGCAGCUACCUCAAGUUCAUCUUCGUGCGGGAGCCCUUCGAGCGGCUGGUCUCCGCGUACCGCAACAAGUUCACCCGCAGCUACAACACCGCCUUCCACAAACGCUACGGCACCAAGAUCAUCCGCCGGCACCGGCCCGACCCGGACAAGCAGGCGCUGGAGAACGGCAGCGACGUGACCUUUCUGGAGUUCGUCCAGUACCUGGUGGACCCGCGGACGCAGCGGGAGGAGCCUCUCAACGAGCACUGGGAGCGCGUGCACUCGCUCUGCCACCCCUGCCUGAUCCACUACGACGUGGUGGGCAAGUACGAGUCCCUGGAGCCCGACACCCAGGCGGUGCUCAGACUGGCCGGCGUGGACGGCGCCAUCCAGUUCCCCACCUCCGGCAAAAGCACCAGGACGGACGGCGACAUGGCCGCCCGCUUCUUCAAGCACGUCAGCCCCUUCUACCAGAAGAAGCUCUUCAACAUGUAUCGCAUGGACUUCCUGCUGUUCAACUACACGACUCCGGAGUAUCUCCGAACUUGAUCCUUCCCCUUUGCACUUUUGUUUCACAACUACUCGGCAGGAGCGGAGUCGGCGGUGACGGCGCGCGAGCGUUCGCUCCAGCCACACAAGUGAAGUCAUGAACACAGAUUUAAGGUCAAAUUUCAGUCUUCUUUUCUCCUUUUUUUUGAGCGACACCAACCUAGUAUUUCCUGGUUAAAGUUUCAAGGCUCCUUCAACAUGAAGACAUUCAUGACCUGAAGAUGUUCAAAACAUGAGUUUAGACUCGUAGUUGGAGCUAUAAUGUCAGUACUGUUGAGGUGAGUAGCAAGUCAUGCCUCCUGAAUCCCUGAUCGGAUUCUGAUUUAUCUUUUGUUUUGGGUCGACUGAAGCAACAACCGCUGUGUGUCCAGUUGUACUGAGCCAAGACUGAGAGGAGCAGGUUCUCCUCAGGCGUCCCGGUGAAGGGGGGACGGGGUGGCGCCCUUAAUUUAUGUGUGUCAGUGCAAGCCAGGUAUUUAUU